CAGCUUACAUAUCUCCCCUCACCAUGGGGCACUUGCCGUUUCUCCGAUCUGGGCUCGGACUUUUUCCCAGUAUACAGUAUCUCAGCUUGUAGGAUCGACUGUGAAACCAGAUACAUUGUAGAGAACUGCAACUGCAAAAUGGUGCACAUGCCAGGUGAUGCCCCGUUCUGUACCCCCGAGCAGUAUAAAGAAUGUGCGGAACCAGCACUAAGUUUACUGACCGAGAAGGAUGGAGGGUAUUGUAUGUGUAUGAUGCCCUGUAAUCUUACUAGAUACAACAAGGAGCUGUCCAUGGUGAAAAUCCCCAGCAAGACAUCUGCCAAGUAUUUAGAAAAGAAAUUCAACAAGUCGGAGAAGUACAUUUCGGAGAAUAUUCUUGUCCUGGAUGUUUUC